GUCCCAGAGGGCACCAUGAUGCAAUGCUGGCUCUGAAAGCCCCAUUUUUCCCCUGUGUGGUGCUGGGUGCUUGGGGGGAAUGGGCUCAGUGCUCCCCAUGAGGACAGUUAUGGUGCUGUUACAGUUCCUGCCCUCCUCAGUGCCAUGCAAACAUUCCCAAGUCCAAACCCAUUUAAAAAAAGCAGAUAUCUUCCUUAUUGUUCUUGCGUUAGCUAAUCCAGGACCAAAGCCUUUGGGUUUGGAUUUCUCUAAGAUGAAAUACAGAUUUGGACGUAGCUCUCUCCAAGGAGAAACCAGAGCUGUGCAUCUCAGGUGGCACCCAUUUAGCUUGCCAUAAAGCAUGUCAUACAGUGCCAGGCAGUGCUAUCAUGUAACCCAUUGCAGCCUGGGACAGCCACCAGGUGCAGCUCAGAGCCAUUGGGCCCCUUCUUGAACUGGGGACAACACAAUUCUCUCUGAGCUGGGGCAAAAGGGGUUGGAGAUGGGGGUCCUCACCCCAGUGGUGAGGGCAACCCAAGUGCUGCCACAAACUCCACCUGUCACCCUAAAGCUGUUGCAGUCCCAGUAGCCCAUUUCCCCGUGGUCAUAGUAUUGCCCACCUCCAGGUGAUGCCUGCUCUGCUCACGUCAAGAUCUCUAUGGCUGGUUGGGGUUGCUGCUGCCCACCCUCACCUCUCACCUCCCCACUGAUCCAAGAGAUAUUCAUCCUUUUCCUUCUCCCUUUGUUCUGCUUUACUCUGUGUGUCUGCCUUCCCAUGCUGAUUUGGCUCCGGGUUCUGCGGGCUUUAAGAAUCACUUUGGUGAGAGCUGGACCUUGAGAUGUCAUUCUCUUUAUGGGAACCUGCAUUGGUUUAUCUAAAAUAUUUGGUCAUCAGAGACCUCUGCGUUCAGCGGUGCGAAGCCCCGUUGCAGUCAGGUCUGAAAGGUCACUGCACAGGAGCUAUUCCCCAACACCCAGCACCUCGUGUUGACCAUCAUUGGGUCUUUCUUUACGGUCGGUCAGCCUUCCCAGCAUGAUUGAUUGCCCAAAGAGUGAAGCGUUUCAGGAGGGAUGACAAUGUGAUACCAUCUUGUUAACACUCUCUUCCAUCAUAUCAAAUGCCACGAUCUGGCAGUGACAGCCUGGCUUUGUGCUCCGGGGGUGUCUGACCGAUCGUGUUGCGGCACAGUGACAGCUCCAUAAGUACUUUGGCACCUUUGUCAUCCCCUCCUUGGCCCCUAGCUAAGGUAUUUCUUAAAGCUGGAAUUAACGUGUGACAGAAGCUGGCUAAUCUCCUGGAAAUACUUAUUUCCAAGUUUGCAGAAAGUAUUAACUCUGAGCAAGCAUUUUUCUGGGCUAUUACUCCUCCACGCUGGGGAUCAGCCCGUCUAACCCUGUCCUUAAUCAUCACCGCAGCAGAGUGAAUAGUUCACAGCUGUCCCCUGGGCUGGAUGGUGUGACCUUUCCCAGGAGCAGGGUGCAAGGUGCAGGCCUGCAGUGGGGCUGUGUGGGUCUGCAGCCCCCAGGGGACUGUUCUGUACUGCCCCAAAGCUGCUGCUGUGGUGCAGCUCGAGGAGCAGCUCCAAAAUGCUGGAGCCAGUAGUGAGGGGACAACUACCAAAUAUGUUCUGAGCAAUUCAAGUCACUGUUGGUAAGUGCUGGGUAUGGCCACAGGCUGUAGGCACAUCGGGUCUUGCCUUUCAGGCAUGAUGAAUAUCCAGUUCUGAUACCAGCCCCAUGGACUGCCAUGGCAUUGGGAUGGGUGCUGUAUGGCUUUUCCUUCAACAUCCCUAACAUAAGUGCACGGUUACCUGGUGUUUUGACACAGCUUUCAGUCAAGGGCUAAAUUUCAUAUGGAAAAAAAAAGAGUAUUUUACCUGGGCAUGACUUUACAGCCACAUCCACAUCUUGAUACUGCCCCAAAUUAAACUGUUCUAUCCAGCAGCAGUGUGUGCACAUCCCAUGAGCACUGGCACCCAGCAUUGGACUGAAGUUUGCUGCUGCACCUAUUGCUCGUUGCUCAAUAAUUUACCCAACUCCUAAUGUCUGCAAGGAAAUAUUUGCAGUGGAAGUCAUCAGAAACUAUGUCUUGUUUGUUUUGCUCCCCUCUAAUUCUUCUGGAUGCCCUCAGUGACAUCGUUUGCCUCAUUCCUUCUGAAAAGUUCUGUAUAUAAGGAUGCAUGCUGGGGGUCAUCUGCAGAAGGCAGGGGCAGUGGCUGGAGACAUCCUUGCUCUGCAGAGAUCAGUCAGGACUGAAGAUGGGUGUGCUCUGGGUGGUUUUCCUCACUUGUGGCCUGCUCACCUCUUCUGAAGGACUUCUUGGCAGCGCCCCAGUGUCUGCCAGGUUGGAUAAAGGUGUGCUAGAAAAUGCCAUUACAGGGUCACUAGCCAACGGAAACCUUCUCCAGGGGCUGCUGGGUGGUCUGCUUGGCCCCGAUGGACUUCUUGGUGGUCUACUUGGUGGCAAUGGACUUCUUGGUGGUCUGCUUGGUGGCGACGGACUUGUUGGUGGUAUCCUAGGUGGUGAUGGUCUUGUGGGUGGUCUCCUUGGAGGUGGUGGACCUGUUGGUGGUGUCCUCGGCAAUGAUGGUGGUCUUGUGGGUGGUCUUGUUGGCGGCGAUGGACCUGUUGGUGGUCUCCUUGGUGGUGGUCUCCUUGGAGGAGAUGGAGCUGCUGGACCUGUUGGUGGUCUCCUUGGUGGUGGUCUCCUUGGAGGAGAUGGUGCUGCUGGACCUGUUGGUGGUCUCCUUGGUGGUGAUGGCCUUGGGGGUGGUCUCCUUGGUGGUCUCCUUGGAGGAACUGGUAACCAGGGUCAAGGCUCACUUCUUGGAGGAGGUCUUCUUGGCAAGGAUGGUCUGCUUGGCACCGUUCAAGGACUCACAGGGUUGAGAAUUGUGAACAUCACUCUCCCCAAAAUAACUCUGCGCUUCCUGCCAGGAAUUGGUCUCGAGCUGAAUAUCUACACCCAGCUGCUGAUAGAUGGCAAUGGCGCCGUGGGCAGUCUGCUCCAGCUCCAGGUAGAAGCAAACAUCACUGCAAGAGUGCGGCUGGCCCAGGACAAGUCAGGGGCUCUCAGGCUGGUGGUUGAAGACUGCAAGACCCUUCUUGGAGACAUCACUAUCCGUGUUGGACCCAAAGUGCCACUUGUAGAAAAAACCUUAAAGAGUGUCCUUGGGAACGUGCUGCCCAGGCUGCUGUGCCCCGUCGUUGACACCGUGUUGGGCGUCGUGAACUCAUUGCUGGGCUCUGUUACCUCCGUGCUCCCUCUGGGAGCUCUGGGAAACCUCCAGUACACUCUGUCCUCCCUUCCCAUCAUUGGUGACAAGUCCAUCCAGCUGGAUCUGAACCUCCUCCUCAGGGAUGCACAGGGCAACGUGGUGGAGCAAACAGGAGGUCUGUCGAUGCCCAUCACUCUGCCACCAGCUGCAGGUCCUGGUGCACAGCUGGGGCUGUCUCAAGGUGUGCUGGGUGCUGUGCUGGCAUUGGCACAGCGGCAGGGAGCCUUCAGCAUGGACAUCUCCAGCUCAGCGGUUCCCAGCAGCAUCCCAUUGACCACCUCAGCCCUGCUCUCAGCCUUCCCCCAGCUCAGCACUGUAUUGCCUGGGUCGCUGCCCCUGGCACUGCGUGUGCGCCUGGCUGACACACCAGUGGUAGCCCUGAGGGAUGGGAAGGCCACUGCCACUCUGCGAGCAGCCAUCGAUGUCCUCGCACACCGCCCCGGCUUCCCCCCACAGACCCUCUUCACCCUGGACUCGGAUAUCGUGCUGGACAUCACCCCAUCUGUCUCUGGCGGCCGUCUGCACACUGCUCUGGCUGUAGAGAGGGUCAAUCUCAGACUGGCAUCCUCACAGCUCGGCUCCAUCGAUGUCUCCCGGCUUGAAGGAUGGGUGAAGAACAUCCUUGCAGCUGCAUACGUGCCUGCCAUUAACAAUGCUGUGGGGAUGGGGAUCCCACUGCCCAACGUCUUCAACACCAGUUUUGAGAACGGCCAGGUGGAUGUGGCUGAUAACACUUUUGUGAUCAACCAGAGCAGAGAGCUCUAAAACCAGCUCAUACCAGAGGAACCUCCAUUUCACUCCUGAGAUGAGACAUACGAUUCCCUGAGAGCUCCGGCCAUCCCCAAUUGCUUCGUCUUUAUUUUCUCCUGAGCACCAUCUCAGGUUAUCACUGUGGUCCCAGAGACAAGGCUGCUUCUGCUCUGUCCAUCCUGCUGCAGCCCAAGCUGUGGUCUGGAGAUGCUGCUCAGCUGCUUAAUGUCAUGGGGGACUUUCUGUGGCCAAUUCUAACACCCAAAGUCUGGAACCGCAGCUGUUGUUUAGCCAUCAGUGUUGCUCUCAAAUAGCUCUUUCAAUAAAAUCCUUCACUGCGUCAA